CAUUCAGCAACAAAUCUUCAACCAAGUGAGCUAUUUGAGGAUUGUUCCAGAGCGAGGACAGGGCAGAAACUUGCUGUCGCAUGGUUCUGAACUCGUCUGCUCGGGAGGGUCUUCUAGCACCUCGAGCAUCCACUGCCAGUGGUGGUGCUGGGUUCCGGCGGCUCACUUUUGUGCCGGCGACUAAACCCGAUGCCCACUCGGCUCCCGUUGGAGUGGACCUCAUUCCCUUGAACGAGGUCCCAGAGAUGCCCGGAAUUCCUUCGGGCAAAGCUGGGCCGGGUCCAUCAUCACUGGCCGCGGCGGCAGGGCCCAAGCAGCAGCGUGAGCUGUUUCGGGAAGCGGACCUGGUGCACCGAUGGACAACCAUUCGGAAUCGGGGCGCUGGCCUUCACAACCUCGGAAACACGUGCUUCAUGAACAGCGUUCUGCAGGCGCUCACACACACGCCGCCGCUCGCGGAGCUGCUGGCGGGGCCGCGCGGCGAGCGGCUGGUGCGGGAGGUGUCGGGCGGCGCAGCGGGAGGCGGCGGGGGCGGGGGCGGUCAAACGUUUGACCCGGUGGCGCUGAUGGCGCAGCACGUGCGGCGCGCGCUGUGCAGUCACCAGAUGGUCAUGUCGCCCAAAGGCCACGCGGCGAGCCUGCGCCUCAUCAACAAGCGCUUCCGCCUGGGGCGCCAGGAGGACUCCCACGAGUUCCUGCGCUGCCUGCUGGACGCCAUGCAUGAGGCCUGCCUGCGCCGCUUCCGGCCGGCCAAGCCGCCGCCGGAGCUGGCCGCAACCACCUUUGUGUACCGCAUCUUUGGCGGCCGACUCAAGAGCCAGAUCGAGUGCGACGGCGUUGACUACGUCAGCCGUACCUUUGACCCCUUCCUGGACCUCAGCUUGGAGAUCAACCGCGCGGCUUCGCUGGAGCGCGCGCUGGCGGCCUUCACGGCAGCCGAGGUGCUGGACGGCGCCAACAAGUACCGCUGCCCCAAGAACAACAAGCUGGUCCGCGCCACCAAGCGUAUCAGCAUUGAGGACGCGCCCAACGUGCUGACCGUGCACCUGAAGCGCUUCGAGUACGGCGGCUUUGGCGCCAAGAUCAACAAGCACGUGGCCUUCGGCACCGAGCUCAACCUGCGGCCCUACAUGAGCGCCACCAAGGGACCGGCGCUGAUGUACGACCUGUACGGCGUGCUGGUGCACCACGGCUACAGCGUCAACAGCGGCCACUACAUCUGCUACGUCAAGGCGGCCAACGGGCUGUGGCACGUGUGCGACGACCACCGCGUAGCCGCCGUCGGCGAGCGGACGGUGCUCGACCAGCGCGCUUACAUCCUCUUCUACAUCCGGCGGCACCCGCGCGUCGCGCCCGGAGCAGCAGGAGAGGGAGGAGCCGAGGCAGCGGCCAAGCAGGCGGCGGUGCAGGAGGCGGCGGCGGCCGCGCUGCGCGCGGCGAAGGCGGGCGCGGCGGCGGGCAGCGCGGAGGCGGUGGUGGCGGGGGCUGGCGAGCGGCCGGCGAAGCGCGCAAAGCAGGAGGCGGCGGCGGCGGUGGCGGGGCCGACACCGCUUGCGCUGAUGCUUGCGAACCUUGAGGAGCAGCGGCAACUUGCGGGUAAGGCCGCUGGUCCCGCGUCCAAGGCGCAGGCGGCGGCAGCAGCAGCAGCGGCCGCCGCCGGCGCCGCGAACGGUACGGCAGCCGUCGCGAACGGUACGGCAGCUGUCGUGAACGGGCAUGCGGCCUCGGACGGCACAGAGGCACCCGGCGCCGCGGCGGGGACGAGUAAGCGGAAGCUGGAGGCGAAGCGGCAGCAACGCGAGGAGGUUGGGGCCGGGUCGGAAGAGGUUGCCGGCCCGGCCACGGCGAACGGGCACGCGCGAGGGCGGGCGGACAUUGGGUCCAGCGAUGAGGAGGCGGAGCAGGCGGCCUCUCGACGACGCAGCGAGUCACACGCGUCUGCGUCAGGGCGAGUCGAUUCUGACGGCGGCAGCACCCAUACGGCCAGAUCCGGAUCUAACUUGCUCCACGGCGACCAACAGCAGCUGCUGCGGGUGCUGCGCGCCACGUCAUUAGGUCUGGCGCAGAAGAGCAGCGUUUGGUUCGCUCGGGCGGGUCAGCUGCGGCAUGUGUCGGCGCCGCCGCCUGCGGCGGCGGCGGCCAACGGCCACGGCCACCACCUCAUCAACGGGCGCUUGCUACGCCGGAUGCUGAACGCGAAGCGGGCGGCGGCAGAAUCAGACGGAAGCGACAGUGGAGAGGAGGCGGCACCGUCGACGGCAGGGCGCCGGCUUGCGUCGGAGGCAAUGGGCUUGACGCGGCAAAACGCCGCCGAUGCGCUGGCGGGCAUGGGCGGCAUUAGUAAGAAGAAGGUGAAGCGGUUGGGCGCCAUGCUGGUGGAGCGGUUGGGGGCCGUCGUGGCGGCGGCGGCAGCCAACCGCGCGGCGGAGGCGGGGGCUGAGGAGGCGGUGCCUGGGGAUGGGGAAGGGGAAGGAUCGAUCAAGGGGCGGCGGAGGCGGCGAGAGGCGGCGGAGGCGGCUGUCGCUGUGGAGGGAGGUCAGGCGGCUGCUGGUGCGGACGGCGACGGGCUGGUCGGCUUGAAGCGGAAACGGCGAGCUGCUGCAGCGGCGGCGGCAGCGGAGGUGGCGGUGGAGACAGCAGAUGGGGAGCAAGAGCAGGCGCGGGAAGCGCGCCGGAAGGACAAGCGGGAAACGGCGCAGCGCCUCAAGCCGCAUCAGGAGGAGCAAAUGGAGGAGCGGGCAGCGGCGCCGGGCCGGCGGCAAGCAGCGGAGGCUGCGGCUGCCCAGGAGGACGACCCCAAGCCUAAGAAGCAGCGCAAGCCUGCCGCUGAUGCCGGCGCAAUGGAGGCGGAUGAGGGCGCGGCGGCCGGGUCUGCAAAGCAAGCAGCGGCGCAGGUGCAGACGCGCAAGGCGGCGGCGGCCGCCGCCGCGGCAGCAGCGGCCGUGGCAGCGCCGACGAGCGACGAGCCAGCGCCGCCGGCCCACGCCAAGCCCGUGCAACAGCGGCCGCCGGCCGGCAAGGCCGCGCGCGUGACGGAGGAGCUCACAGGGCAUGACGCGCUGGCGUGGCUCACGGGCGGCGGCGGCGCAGCGGCCGGCCGCGCGGCGGCGCAGGCGCGCGGCGCUGGGGAGGACGGUGCGGGCUGGGACGGUGAGGGCGAGGACGGCGAGCUGCGGCGGCAGGCCGCGCGGCUGAACCGCGAUCUGGCGGGGCCGCGCCGCCGCGUUCCGACCGGCGGCCGUCUGUACGAUGGCUGGGAUCAGGAGUACGACAAGGGCCGUACGAAGAAGGUGCGCAGCCGCCACGACGGCGAGGAGGGCGACGGCGAGGACGGUGAGGGCGGGGGCCGGCGAGGCGCGCUGCUGCGUGGCGGCAAGAAUAUGUUCCAGAAGGCGGCGACGGAGGGGUGGCGGAGUGACAGCAAGUCCGGUCCAGGCAGUGCAGAGCGAGGGGAGCGUGGAGAGCGCGGCCGGGGUGGCAGCCGUGGCCGCGGCCGGGGGCCGCCUGGCCGCGGCCGGGGAGGCUUCGGCGGCCGGGGAGGCGGCCGGGGUGGUGGCCGGGGCGGUGGUCGCGGCGGCUUUGGUGGCGGCCGGGGUGGCGGCCGCGGCGGCUUUGGUGGCCGCGGCGGCGGCCGGGGUGGUGGCCGCGGCGGUGGCCGUGGUGGUGGCCGCGGCGGCCGCGGAGGCCGGGGUGGUGGUCGCGGUGGAGGGCGUGGCGGCGCGCGGGAUUAGGGGCCCGCAGGGCGCACACGCACGCGGCCGGCCGGUGCCCAGCAUCCGCCCUUGGGCGCGUGUCUGAUGGCUGCUGUGCACUGUUCCCUGGCAGUGGUUGGAACGGCUAGAGCUGGAACGGCUAGAGCGCAGCGUUACAGCGGAUGAUGUGUGUAUGGUAUUAUUGCAUCAGCAAAUGAAUGAGGCAGCGGGGAUUACAUGCUGGGACCUGCACAUCUCCAUACGCAUGAACGAGUUUUCCUUUCAUGGUUUGCACGGGUGGUGCCGUGCCCGCGUUCAUGUCUGCAGUCAUAUGCAACGGACACUAGAUGGCAACAAUCCGUCUGACAGGGCGCAGGGACAGUGAUGAUACGGUGUUGUCGAGUGGUGGCCUGCUGGGCCUCCGGACGGGUGACACCUACGGCGCAGCAGCGCCACGGCGUUUGGGGUUUGCUUGCUUGAUUGUGGGGGCAAGGCUCCGUGUGCAACGCUGCUUUGUACGCUGGGUUGCGAGCAGCGGGCAGCGUUCAUUCGCACAGCGCCUGUAACUGUCGAUUACC